CAGGAAGUAAACAAACUGAUGGAGCUCUCAAAAAAAGAAAACAAGACGUUGCUAGCUUCGUGCAAGUGAUACAGUUGCCAUGACCGGUUGUAUCAUUUUACUUGUUGUACUUUCCGAAACAUCCAGCUAGCUAUAUUGACUAAGACACUGAAUAUAAGUCAUAUGAAGAGCCAUGUCUCACACUCAGUCCGAGACGGUUGGCCCAAUUCAGUGGACCAUGGCGGAGCUACUGGGUCAGAGGAGCCUACUGGGCUUUGGAGCUCUUCUGACAUGGCUGAUUCUCUUCCAUUUACUGGUGAACGUAUGGCUGCUGUGUGUCUUCACCAGUCUCCUGGUGGUCAUGGGGGGCUGGCUGGGAUCUCAGGCUGUCCUGGACUCCAACAGCGUUGUUCACCUAGAGAGGUUCAUCACAUUGGAAAGGGUCCCUCCUUCGCCUGAGAGUGAACGGCAGCUAGACCACGAGAUACAGACCACCGUGCGCAAGAUAAUCCGAGACUUUGUGUCCUCCUGGUACUGCAUAGUGUCCUCGGAGCGGGACUUUGAGGUCGAGGUGCAAAGUGCCAUGUACUCCAUGGCGAUGGAGCUGAAGAAUCGGUCAAGAAGAGUGGAUAGGAAGGUCCUGACCCAGAGGGUUUUGGACCUGUGUGGCGGCCACCUUCAGAGCUACCUGAGAGCCAAAGAAGUCAUGGCCGAGCUGGAGAAGCAACCGGAUGGAGAGAACAGCCUCUGGAAAGCAUACUCCCAGGUCUGCACACCUCACCCUGCUGUGAAGAGCUCAGCCAUGGAGGUGAACUACGCCAGGGCUAUUGUUGACCUGCUGCUGCAUGUCCUUGUCCCUCCGCCUCACCUGGAAACCCGAACGGGAAGGUUUGUGGUCGGAGAGCUCAUCACAUGCAAUGUCCUUCUCCCCUUCAUUACGAAACUAUCGGAUCCAGACUGGCUGAACCUGUUAAUCAUUUCCGUUUUCACCAAGUCAAGUAUGCAAGCCCCCAAAGCCUCAGAACCACCAAAACCACCAUCACUGCCACAGCUCACUGUCUUAGAGCAGGAUCAGCCCCAGCAAGACAUUCAGGUCCCUUGCUCUUUACCCUUAAGGAUCCUAUCAGAAACACCUAACGACACAGAGGUUGCCACACCUGAGUUGGCUGCUUACGAUAUCAUCGACUCGGCAGAGUUGUACUGCCCUCAGAAUAAUAUAGAGGAAGAAGAGCCUAGACAGGCUAGACAGUACAUUGGUAUCUGCCCAAUGGACUACCUGAGACCAGUCAAAUCCAACCCGUUCUACCAAGAGACCGACUCAGAUCUGGACUCGCCACUGACAGAUUUCAAGAGGAGCUCCAUGGAGUCCCUGGUUCUGAUUGGUGCGGAGGAAGCGCUGUCGGACCGUUUCCGAGAGUGUGCCAAGCCCACUGACAUCAGCAGCGUCAUGGAUCUGGAGGAUGACCUCCGGGUUUACCCUGGCCUAGCCGAGGUCACUUCCUCCCCCAAAGUUGUGGUCUCUGAACAACAGGAUCACCCCGACGCCUUCGCUAAUGCGUUGUGCACCAUGACGGAGGACGUUCCCUCGAGUGUCCGCAGCCUCCAGGACCUGGAGACGAGGGACAGCGGCACCAGUCCAGAGAGAGAGCUGCUGAGCGUGGACCUGGCGGUUGGCUGCCACUCCAACGGGCUGAUGGCGUCGGUGAGCGGCCCUCUGCAGACCUCCUCCCCCAUGGUGCCCCUGCCCUCCUUCAGCUUCGAGCCCCUCAGCAGCCCCGAAGGCCCGAUCAUCAUCCAGAACCUUCGCAUCCCCGGGACCAUCACGGCCAAGGAGCACCGUGGCACCGGCUCGCACCCGUACACUCUCUACACGGUCAAGUAUGAAACAGCAAUGGACUCUGAUAACCCAGGGUCUAUCCAGCCAGUUGCCUAUCACACGGUCAACCGCCGAUAUAGUGAGUUUCUCAACCUACAGACCCGCUUGGAGGAGAAAUCAGACUUGCGAAAACUCAUCAAAAAUGUGAAAGGACCAAAGAAAAUAUUUCCAGACUUGCCGUUUGGUAACAUGGACAGUGACAAAGUUGAGGCCAGGAAAGGGCUGCUCGAGACUUUUCUCAAGCAACUUUGUGCUAUACCCGAAACUGCCAACAGUGAAGAAAUGCAGGAGUUUCUUGCUCUUAAUACAGAUGCAAGAAUUGCCUUUGUCAAGAAGCCGUUCAUCGUAGCACACAUAGACAAGAUUGUGGAUACCUUGAAGACGGCGUUUCCUCGCUCAGAGCUACAGAGCCCUACAGAAGACAUGGACGGAGAUACUGAGGGAAAGCCUUCCUCGGAUAAGAAAAACAAGUCCCGGCUAAGGUUCUCCAGUAAAAUCACCCCAGUCCUUAAUGUCUCUGACAUGAGGCCUAAAGUGCUAUACUGCUUGGAUGAGGGGAGCACAGGGUUUAACGGCCUGUCGAUAGCUGGCCUAGAGGCCUUCAUCAAGGAGCAGGAACUAGCGGUGAUGUGUGAUGCAGAGGCUGAGAGGGAAUGCAGUCCAGGCCUCACAGGAGAACUUGGAGGCUGUGGGUGCCCACAGAAUAAAUUACCAGGUGCAUCCAUUCAAGAUUCUGUGGCAGAGACGGCCCUGGCUGACGUGGCCCUAGACAUCAUGUGUCUGCUGAUGAAAGACCAGUGGAGCUGGCUGUGCACCGACAACAUCCGGAAGACUAUCCGGCUGCUAUUUGGAACCCUCAUUGACAGGUGGCUUGACGUGAGCGUUGCUAACCUGACCUGUACCCAGUACUGGGUGAUCUACCUGCGGGUGCUGCAGGAUGCGGUGUGGCCGGGGGGCAGCCUACCAGCCCUGCCCCGCCCGGAGCGCAGCCACCAACAGAAGGAGGACACCAAGCAGCAGUCCCUGCACUGCCUCAUGAAACUACUGCCAGAUCUGCUCUCAGAUAUGCUGGGCUCUGACAAAUACCAACUAAGCUGGCAGACUGCACUGGAAUCUCUGCAGGACCCUUACAUAAACAGACACCUGGUCUACUGUAUCUGGGACCUUCUCCUCGAGUUCCUCGUCCCCGAAACAUCUGAGGAGGACUUUCAGAAAACCCUGCUGCAAAGUCUGUCCAAAAAUGCAGAGAAACUACCACCAUGAAAGCCGUGGGAGAGAUACUGCGGUACACACACAUACACACACGCACGCACACACAUGUUUAAUCAACUGUGUCAGUGAAUAGCCCUUGAUGAAAGUCCAGCCUAGCGCAUCUGAAUCAAUUCCAUUAUUCAUGUGUCCCCACCUUUAACGCUGAAAUUUUGGACCCGAGGUCAUCCGGGUCUGUCUCCGAUUUAGUCCAUGACGUUUGUGGGUCUCAAACAUCGGCCACACAUCCGGAGCAGCUUUGAUUAUCCAACACCUGUUUUCUGUUUGAUCAGAAUACCUCUCUGAUCCCCAAAAGCCCAACACACCAGAUCUGUACGUGUGGGAAAAGCCGCCUUCCCAAACUUCCCAAAUCCACCCUUUUUCCUGCUUCCUAAAACCUCCAGCUUUGGACCAAACUCAUUUCAGAUGGACUUCACACCAACGUUAUCCUUCGUGGUCUUUCUGUAUCCUGUUGGAGCUAGAAGUUUACUAGAAUCGCUAGUGGUUUGGAGAAGUCCAAUUUAGAUUUUUCCCCACUUUAGGCUUACUGUGUCGUGCUUUGCCCUUUCGGGAUGACUUGCCUUUGUGUUCCCCAUUAUAUACCCCUAUUCCUUUGGCUCUACACCAAGCUCCACAUCUGUUGUGUUGCAUUAAUACUGUACUUCCUUCCUCCUGAGGCCUGGCUCGUACUGAUAUGGUCCACUGAUACGUUUCUGUUAAAGUGGUCACUCACAUGUUUUGAACUUGUAUGAUGAAGGCCACUGCACUUUGAAGCGCUUGAUAGCCACUUUUCCCACGGGCCUGACAUGGUUGUUUUAAAUAAUAUACUCUACAAGUACAGUCGUGGUCAAAAGUUUUGAGAAUGACACAAGUAUUGGUCUUCACAAAGUUUGCUGCUUCAGUGUU